AUGGCCGCCGAGAGGCUUAGUGAGAACCCUACCGAGACGCCGGCAUCGAUAAGAACACUCUGGUAUGAGCAACGGAGAAAAGGAGUUCUGAGUGACCGGGAUAGGCAGUGGCUUGAUAAGCAGAAUGAUGAUCCUCACCAUCUGAACCUUCAAGGCAAUGUGAGGAACAUGAUUAGCUCCAUCACCAAGAGGAAGAAAGUGGGCCUUAACGUCGACGCCUUCCUCCAAGAAGUCCAGGCCUUGCGGAGCUCUGUGGAUCCCCAGGUGGUUAGGAGCGUAGUGGACGCAAUCCUUCGGUCUAACGGUGGUUAUGGGAGGCCUGGAGAUGCACAGUUGCGGGACUUGGAGAAUAUGUGCAUACCGACCAACGCGCCUGUAGUGUGCACUGAAAGUGGUACCAAUAAAUUAAGCGUUAUGGCGGUGAGCUUCACCAGUCCUCUCAUGUUGGCGAAUUACUUGUCGACGUCUAGGAUUGGGCUCGACUGUACUUUUAAUGUGGUAUCUGGGCGUUGCACCAUAUUAUCAGUUGCCAGCAUGCUUCCAGGAGGAGCAUCAAAACCUAUUCUCCUCUCUCUCAUAUUAUCUGAGAGCGAAAGGAGCAUCACGGUGGCUCUGACACAGCUCCAGGAUCUCGUAUCCGAGAUAGGCUUACCACCGCCUGUGAUCACGCACAUCAUGCAGGAUGGUUCUUCGGCUCUGAGGGCGGCGACAGAAACUAUCUAUGCUGGGGAAACUAGGCUUGCCAUACAGUGCUGCUACUUUCACUUCAUGCAGUGUCUGAAGAAUAAGAAGGUCAAUAUGGCGAACUCGAUGUGGCGAGCAAUCAAGGACGACUUUCGACUAGUAGCUCUCGGGCACUCUCUUCACGAGUUUCGCAUACUGAGAUGGUUACUGAAGAAGAAGUGGGAAGAUCUGGGUGACAGGGCAGCGCAGGGACUCCUCGAGGAGAUUCAGAGAGGCGGUUGGCUCGACGACGGAUCGUUCCGCUCUAGGUGGGGGUAUUGCUUCUCUGACCAUCUGGGGGGGUAG